AUGCCGCGCGCGGUGCCCGCGGACGCGGCGGCGAAGCGCAGACGGUGCGUCGAAGAUGCGGAGGACGCGCGGCGAGGAGCCGAGCCUACGGGGUCGAAGCGGCGAGCGCAGCGGGACCUGGACGAGGGGCGGCGAUUCUUAUUACGCGCCUUCUCGACCGACUGCUUCCGACGCGCGGACGAGACACCGACCGCGUCACCGCGCGUGAUGGAUGAGCAAACGUUCAAGCACAUCUUGGAGGGUUUUUACGGCGGCGACGUCGAGGCGAUUCUCAACUCAUGUCGAGACGAAUCCAACGAGGCGUGGAGCGAGAGCGACGUCGAGGAGGCGAUGCGCGCGUUGCACGAGGAUGGGAAGACGAUAAACGCCCCAUUUUGUUUCGCCCCGGGAGCUAUCGAGCUCAAGAGAUUGAUGCAUCUCGAGUCGUGGCGAGUGCUACGGAGAGGUGGUGCUAGCGACCGCGGCGACUCUGAUGUGAACACGUGGCAGCGUCGGUUCGAUACGCGCGCGUACGAGCACGCGCACAGAGACUCGGAGACGGCUUUCGCGACGUGCGCGGACCCGACCUUCGAUGGUCAACUAGUGUGCGGUGUGCACUCGGGAGAGUGCGAAGUUGGUGUGUACGUGUCUCGCGCCGGCGGGGACGUCGCGGAAUGGCACCGCGACAUCGGAAAUAAUUUCACCGUUCAACUCACCGGCGGUAAGGAGUGGGAGGUUGAACAUUACACGCAACGCGACGGUAGAGGUGUCGUUGCGUUUAAUAACGCGGCGCUUAUUGAUAAGCCCAGGUGUGGCGCGGAUUAUUUCCUUCAACCUCCCGCGUGGCCUCGGUCCGUCGAUAAAUCCACGGUAAAAAGGUUCUGCAUCAACGCCGGGGAAUCGGUGAGCAUAUCGAAGGGACGAUUUCAUCGAGUCACGCCUGUCGGUAAGGAUAUUUCUGUAUCGAUCGAUGUGCGGGUGACAAGCUUUUCUGUCGAAGAACGGUUUGCAGAGGGAACUUUCCUGCGUUAUCUCGCGACUCGUUCGCGCGAUGAAUGGUUGAAGCCCUUCUUUCAGCAGGUGACAACGUUCGCUGAUUCACCUUUGGUUCGAGGAGACGUCUUUCCUCCGUGUUUAAAUGAUUUUCCAAUGCCACAGAUUUGCUGGUUACCGUUUGAGACUGACUUCUCUGACGGUUUAGUGCUCGGCGCGCGUCUAGAGUACAUCGUCGGCGCGGCGCCGAAUGUCGCCGGUCAUUUUGACACGUAUAGUUCGUACAGCAGCAUCUUGUCCAAGAAAAUUGACGACGAACUCGUUGGUCUAGUUUUCAAUCCAGUGUGUACGUGUGCGUGCACGACAACCGGCAAAUAUCACGUGUUGAACAUCAAGGCCACGUCGGCGAUCACGAAUAGAGACUUGAUGAGCGAGUUCAACAUAUACGUCGAUCGUUCUUCCGUGAACGAGCGCGAGAUGGAGGCAUUUGAGAAUCCGUUUACGUUCGUGCGGAGUGAGCCAAGAAAUGCGAGUAAGGUGCAACGGAUUCGCGUCGGCACGCCCGUAGACGUGUGCGCACCGGAUAGUUACGCGAUAACUGAGGCCUUUGGCGCGUUGCGACACGUCCUCGCGGAUGCGGGCAUCCUCAUGGAACAAAGGAAGAGCGACGUGCUGGACUUUUGGAAAGCCGCGUACGCACGUCACUACGGUGGUAGAUUAAUUCCUGAUGAUGCGGAUGCUGGUGUACCAUAG